UUGACAGUUGGAGGGCUGCCCCCGGCGCAAGGCUCCAGGCCACUGAACUUUGCGGCCGCUGCGCUGAACCCUGCCAGAGCUGCUCGUCGAUGGAAGGAUGCGCAGAGUACCGAGCGCCGGAUUCCCGCGUACAAGUACGCCGUGGCGCAAGCUGGGUACAGCGCCGUCCCUGCAGGCCCGGGCAGCCCAGGCGUCGCGUCCGCUGCAAACUGCAGCAGGCGCCAAGUACCUGCGCCGGUACCAGUACCAGAGGACAGCGCGGCAAGUACGGAGCGCUGCUGACCCACGCCUCGAUCCGCUUGCCUUGUCCCACCCUUCACCUCGUGGUUCCUCUUUCCUUGGAUCCCCUCUAGCCUUCACUCUACUUCUCUACUUCCUACCGGCAUUUUGCUGCGUAUCUCAUCUCUCCCAACUUCGCCGUCCAUGCGUCUCUCUGACUGAUCGUGGCGUCUCGACUGGACUGCAACUGUCUUGCCGUCGUAUCAUAGCCCUUGCAUCGCAAUCUUCAUACUCUGGCUGCUGGAGAAUCAAUCGGCCUUUGAACUUCCAGCAGCCCAGUGUUCCAGCCGUGUGUUUUUGCAGUUUCCCAGUGGAAUCGGCUCUCUGCCCUCUUCUCUGACACAGCUUUGACAAAGUACGGUGCUGCCAUAUUACAACGAGUAUCAAGAGUCGUGAAAUGACCAGCAAUCGGCCUGACGAGCCGCUACAUCCUCCCAUUCUCAAGCAUAGAGAGCCGCUCAGUCUCCUUGGCCUGUAGUCCGGAUUCCAGCUAUGUCGGACGGCCGGGGCGGCAUGAACCGUCAGUUUCGCAACGCCCACCGCCAGAGCUUCGAUUCCACGU